GACCGUUGAUCCCUUUGAGCCAUUCGAAGUUUCAAACGCAAGUACAGCCGUUAAAACUUAAACCCUAACCCUUCUAUUUAUAUCCUCCCACCCCCAUUCCGACGUUCAUAACGUUUGAUCUUCUUUCAUUGAUUCACAAUGCGUGAAAUUCUUCACAUCCAAGGAGGCCAAUGCGGCAACCAGAUAGGGGCCAAGUUCUGGGAGGUGAUCUGCACCGAGCACGGCAUUGACCCCACCGGGCAGUACCAUGGCGACUCCGAUCUCCAACUUGAAAGGCUCAAUGUCUACUACAACGAGGCCAGUUGCGGCAGGUUCGUUCCCCGUGCCAUUCUCAUGGAUCUUGAACCCGGAACCAUGGACAGCCUCAGAUCGGGCCCCUACGGCCAGAUUUUCCGGCCAGACAACUUCGUCUUCGGCCAGUCGGGGGCUGGAAACAACUGGGCUAAAGGGCAUUACACCGAAGGCGCAGAGUUGAUCGACUCUGUUCUCGAUGUUGUGCGGAAGGAGGCAGAGAACUGUGACUGCUUGCAGGGGUUUCAGGUGUGCCAUUCUCUAGGCGGUGGAACAGGUUCUGGGAUGGGGACACUAUUGAUAUCAAAGAUCAGAGAAGAGUAUCCAGACAGGAUGAUGCUGACUUUCUCAGUUUUCCCCUCUCCCAAAGUCUCUGAUACGGUUGUUGAACCUUACAAUGCAACUUUGUCUGUUCAUCAGCUCGUUGAAAAUGCUGAUGAGUGCAUGGUUCUCGACAACGAAGCUUUAUAUGACAUUUGCUUUCGAACCCUCAAACUCUCAACUCCUAGUUUUGGUGAUCUCAACCAUUUAAUAUCUGCUACUAUGUCUGGGGUGACGUGUUGCUUGAGGUUCCCAGGCCAGCUUAACUCUGAUCUCCGGAAGCUGGCUGUUAACCUCAUUCCAUUCCCUCGCCUUCACUUCUUCAUGGUUGGUUUUGCCCCCCUCACGUCAUGCGGGUCUCAGCAGUAUCGAGCCCUCACGGUUCCCGAACUCUCUCAGCAGAUGUGGGACGCAAAGAACAUGAUGUGUGCAGCUGAUCCUCGACACGGCCGAUAUCUCACAGCUUCAGCUAUGUUCCGAGGAAAAAUGAGCACCAAGGAGGUAGAUGAGCAGAUGCUUAAUGUGCAGAACAAGAACUCUUCCUAUUUUGUAGAGUGGAUUCCCAACAAUGUGAAGUCCACUGUUUGCGAUAUUCCACCCACUGGUCUGAAGAUGGCAUCGACCUUCAUUGGCAACUCAACUUCGAUACAAGAGAUGUUUCGGAGAGUGAGUGAGCAAUUCACAGCCAUGUUUAGGAGGAAGGCUUUCUUGCAUUGGUACACGGGGGAAGGAAUGGAUGAGAUGGAGUUCACGGAAGCUGAGAGUAACAUGAAUGAUCUUGUGUCGGAGUACCAGCAGUAUCAGGAUGCAACGGCAGAUGAGGAGUUAGAUUACGAGGAUGAAGAGGAGGAAUAUCAGGAAUGAUUUUGUGGUGGUAUGCUGGAAAUUGGGAAGUUGCCAAUGGCAAUUCUUGAUUUACCAUGUUGUAAGCUGGCUGUAUAAGCUCAACUUCCAGUUGCUUGUUCUGUAGUAUGAAAAAUGUGUCACUUGCAGAGGGAGAAAAAAAAAAAAGAGUUAUAAAUAGAAGAAUUUCUCUGCAUUUUGCUUGUAGUUGUUCCUUGCUAUUUUAAACAUUUUGCGUAGUGAAAAUAUGCUCUCUUGUUUUCAAACUUGAUCUCUGAUCUGUGGGCUUGAAUUUCAUUUACAGCUCCCUACAAAGUUGGCAGAUUCUUGUUUCUUGUUCUGUAGUAUGAAAAAUGUGUCACUUGCAGAGGGAGAAAAAUAAGAGUUAUAAAUAGAAGAACUUCUCUGCAUUUUGCUUGUAGUUGUUGCUUGCUAUUUUAAACAUUUUGCGUAGUAAAAAUAUGCUCUCUUGUUUUCAAA